CCUAAAAGUCGCUCCGCCCUUCACCCGUUCACGCCUCAUCUAUAGCCUAUCAAUCCCGGCCAGUUUGUCAGCUUAGGCAAUUGCCAUAAAACCACACAGUCGGAGUCAAUUCAGGUAUCUACAGGCCUCCACCUAAAAGAUUAGGAGGUACCUACCUUAGAAGGUAGGUAGGUAGGUAACUAAGGUAGGUGCGUCUGCGUAGGCAGAGGUAGUGACAAGCCUACCUAUCUAUCUACCUAGGAUGUUACUUACCUGUGGUUGAAAUUACAGAGGUACCUAGCUUUUUUCUUGUUAUGGCUAGAUCGGCCUAUCGGAUCUUUUUUCAUUCUUGAUUGAUACAUAUCAUCCAGUACGCACCAACUUUAAGGUGCCUCAACCGCAGCAAUUCCCGUUUUGCAGAUUACAGGGGACCUCGACUUCCUCAGACGUCAAAGAAGAAAAAAAUGUGGUCGUCUGCUUUACGACUUGCCGGGGGCACAUUUCAAAGUGCCCGGGCGAUGAACUAUUCAACGUCCUCCAAGACAAUCCGACAUCUGAUGUCGAUCAGUGACUUGACGCCAAAUGAGUUCUCGAAACUGGUGCUGAACGCUGCAGCGCACAAGAAAGCUGUCAAAUCUGGCUGUAUCCCGAAGAAUCUGCACAGCAAGUUGACCGGACAGACAAUCGCCAUGAUCUUCAAUAAACUGAGUACUCGUACCCGUGUAUCGACGGAGGCUGCCGUAGCUAUGAUGGGAGGUCAUCCGAUGUUCCUCGGGAAAGGUGAUAUCCAGUUGGGAGUGAAUGAGUCGUUGCUUGAUACCUCUAAGGUCAUCUCAUCGAUGACAUCUUGUUUGGUGGCUCGAGUCGGCCCUCACGAUGACAUUCUAAACUUGGCAAAACAUUCUAGCGUUCCCGUCAUCAAUGCGCUGUCUAAUGACUUCCAUCCGCUUCAGAUAAUUGCUGACUUCCUCACGAUCCAUGAGUCCAUUCCCAAGGGGUCUGCAGAUGCGGAUAGCAUCGUGCCAAAGGGACUCAACGUAGCUUGGGUUGGAGACGCCAACAAUGUUCUAUUCGACUUCGCAACUGCCUGCGUAAAGCUAGGUGUGGGGAUCUCGGUCGCCACACCUCGCGGCUACGGCAUCCCGGAGGAAAUGUCGAAUCGAAUCAGGAACCAGGCCAAAUCUACCCAGACGCCUGGGAAGCUGCAUGAAGUGACCGACCCGGAGGAGGGUGUCAAGGACGCAGACAUCAUAAUCACUGAUACCUGGAUAUCCAUGGGCCAGGAGAAAGAGACGCAAAAACGGCUGAAAGAUUUUGCUGGCUUCCAGGUCACCAAUGAUCUGGCCGAGAGAGGCGGAGCAAAACCAGACUGGAAAUUCAUGCAUUGCCUUCCUCGCCAUCCUGAGGAGGUUGAUGACGAUGUCUUCUACUCUGCGCGAUCUCUUGUCUUCCCCGAAGCGGAGAAUAGGCUGUGGGCAGCUGUCGCGGCGCUGGAAGCUUUUGUUGUAAAUAAGGGGGUUAUAUUGUGAAUAUCCCCUGGCCGAUUCGGGAACGUACGGCGUCGCCUGCAUCGCAAGAAUUUGCGAGCACGUUCAUGAGGAAAAAUCCAAAUGAAGCCGAAACCUAACCCUUAAGUGAUAUUGGCGACUGGGGGCUGGGGGUUUCAAAUAUUCA